CAGUAUUUAAAACAAUACAGUUGAUAUGUUAUCUUUUACAUUUUCUACUCCAUUGUAUGGUUUUGUAGGAAUAAUUAGGUGUAUCAUAUCUUUAUUUAUUUAAUCAUUUUAACACAUAGAUAUAGGUAAAAGAAGGCACCAAAUACAUAUGCGCCACACAAAUCUCAUUCGAUAUGUGUGAGGGCUGUGAUACUGCCCGGGUGCCCUAACCGAAGCAGGUGGUUUUCUCAGGGGGGCACUCCCUGAGCCUUCGACCUGAGGGUCUGAUCUACAAGGCAGUGGAGCAUCGUAAGGAGAUGCAGUCCCAUGGAAGCCGGUGACCAACAAUUGGUUCGUACGCCAUUUGUACCCGCAGGAUACUGGAGCCCAUGUGCACGAUUGGUUUGGGAUCCGGUUAAAGCGCCGGACAUUCGCUUUUCGUCCUCUCAUUUUUGUAAACAACAUCCCUGCCACGAGAAGGCAGUGAGUAGGACUUCUCUGGCAGAGGCUAUAUACGGGUGACCAUGUGAGAGUAUUUCGAGAGGGAGAGCGGACUCUUCCCACUCUCGGCCAUACCAGGGCAUUUAGGGGCAUAUCAUAUCUAAUUAUGAACAUUCAGGGUUUCUUUCAAAUACUAGCCUCUAUUUUUAUUAUAUGAUACUAUGAGUAGGCAAAUCUUAAUCAUGUGAAGUAUUCACUUCAUGUUAUAGUUUAAGUAUUUUGACUAAUUUGUAAUGAGUUAUAUCCCUUUAUUGUUGGUAUUCAUUACUCUCAGCGUCAUCAUGAACUUUGGAUUGCAGAUACAUCCAGUUAGCCUGUCCGAAAUCGGAUGAAAUGCUCAUCUUGGACUCCGCUCUUAACCACUAUCAGAAUUCAGUAAAAUUGACUAAGUUGUUUUAAUAACUUCUAAUAUCAAAGUAAUAACUCUCCACCUUUAAUAAUGAUGGCUUUUAAUUUUUUAGUUUCAAAUGGCAGAUUCUGUUGAUAUUACCAAGAAUACUUUUUGUUUAAAUAUUUAUUGAAAAACACUUUAUAUAAAGUCAUAAAACCAUUAUUUGUUCAAUUCAUUUCUCCAGGUCAAAAAUAACUAAAAACCCAUCCAUUCAUAUUAUAGAAAUAUUAGACUAUGACCUAAUUUGAAAUGACAGAAUAUUAAAAAAGAAUCAAAUAAAUAUGGAACUGCUGUCCAGAGUAUUUAAACGAUCAGAAAUCAUGGUUCAGUUAUGUGCAUAUGUUAUAAAAAAAAUGUCACAAAAUAUUUAGUGUUUCCCCCUAGCUUGAAACAAUUCAUAAAACCACAGAAAGAUAACAAAUUAGUCGUAAUCUAUUUCUAAGGGUUUAAAUCUUCCAGUUGUUGAUGUUAAGGACUGAUGACAGUCACAUACUGUUUGUGACAGUGACUGAUAAAUUACAGUUCUUAAAAUCAACGACGGGAAGAGUUAAACCCUAAAAGAUGAAUAAAAAUUAAUCCUCAUUGCAUGAGCCAGUGACUAUCUGAACUCAGUAAAUAGGUGUAUAACGCGCUGAGUUUAAAGCGUAAGAAACUGGAUUAAAUUCCUUUUCGUGAACAUCAACACGAGUUCUGGUGUAUCUAGUUGAUGAGUCCUAAAUAAAGUCGAACUCUCAUCCUAGAUCCCACUGUUUGACAGUACAGAAACUUUGGGUUUAUUAUUAUUAAAAAUAACUUAAUGAUUUACACCUACAGUGUUUCCUCAAAUUUUAUUUGUUUAGCUCCUGAAGUUCUUAGUGUUAAUGAAGGCAGUUCCGGUUAUGGCAAAGAAGUAGACUGUUGGGCUAUUGGUGUGAUUGCAUACAUUUUGUAAGUUCUUUCUAAUUGUCGGAGUUGCAUAAAAAAUUUUUUUCGAGAUGAUUAUUAGUUAUAGAUUCCCAUGUUUCUAAGCAGUAAAUCUUUUCUUAGUUUCAGAUUAGUGAUUAUUUGUUUUUAGUUACAGGAUCAUAACUUUUAUAUAAUUUUUACUAAUGAUAGAUAUGAAUAAAGCAAAAACAACGAAUGUAGUAGAAUAAGGUGAUUUUAUUUAUUUCAUGGAUAUUCGUCAGCUGCUUAUGAUUUAGAGACAAUAAUAAUAUCAGGUGUUUUGUGGAUAUUAUAGUAAUUACAAUGGUUGAGAUCAUGAGUCAGUUGAAGUUAGACAUUAACAAAGUUAGAUACCGGCUCAGUGAUCUAGUGGUUAAGCGCUCGCGCGCGAGACUGACAGGUCCUGGGUUCGGAUCUCUCGAGGUCGGAUCGUGGUUGCGCACUGCUGAGGAGUCCUAUACUAGGACAGAAUGGCUGUUCAGUGCUUCCAGGUUUUCUAUGGUAGUCCAGCUUCAAUUGAUUCAUGAUCUCAACCAUUAAAUUUACAAUAAUAAUAGCUAUUUUUAACUAAUGUACAUACUUCUUAUCAUAUUAUUAAACAUUAGUAGAAAAACGACAGUCAACAUGGAAGUAUUAUAUAAUUGUAGAUUUAAUGGAUAUAUAUGUUAUUAAGUGUGAAAAUUUCAGAAAGAAAAUUUUAGAACACAUGGAGAUACAUUUCUGGAGAAUGAACAUUGGCGUUAAAGUUACGUAAUAAUAACCGUAAAAUUUGAUAGAUUAACUGAGAGAAAUGAGUGAAGCUCAAAAAGACCUGAGAACGAAAAAGGAAUUUGUUUUUGUGAAUAUAAAAUAAGAUAUUACGUAAUUGAAUAAUGAAAAACAGAAGCUACCGGAAUAGUGAGAGACUUACAACUGUUUUCUUUAAAAUGCACAAGCUUGAUUUAAACUAUUUAAUUGCAAUGGCUUCGACGUAAGGUAGUACAUUCGGAGAUGUUUUGGGAUAUUGAUUAUUUCGAACAGUUUUAAAACACCAACCUCGCGUCUACUAUCGAGAUGAUGAGUAGCGCUGUUGAAAAUACAUUAUGAAUGGAUCAUUGUUAGACCACCAUUAAAGACCUGGGAGCACUGGAUGGCCUCUUAGUUCUAGUAUGCGAAUCCUCAACAGUACGCAUCCACGAUCCUGCGCACGGGACUCGGACCCAGGACCUUCAGUCUGACAUUGAUCCAUUCAUGAUAUUUAUCUGAACUUAACAAUCUGCAAACCCUAUACUGAAAAUACAUUAGCAUUUUAUUUGCAGUUUUUGUGGAUUGUGCCCUGAGACGCGGAAAAGAGACCUCGUUUCUGUUUUUCUAAUUUAAUUGCUUUGGCACGAACAUGUUAACUGGCAAAUAUAACUGGAGAUAACAUGAGCCGAAUAUUCGUCUACUUUUGUCUGUCGCAAUUUGUUUGAUAUAGCGCAAUUAGUUUGUCAACCGGAUGUGUCCUCCUCCGUGGAGUAUUUAAGCUAAAAUUAAUCAUGUUGGCUAUUUCACCACUUUUGGAAGCAGGCCGUUAAAAAACUAGCUUUUUUUUGCCUAUAGUAAAUUACAUUCCCUUCGUUAUUGUCUUCCCAUACUUACCGAUGAGCUUUAAUUAGUGUUCAUUAUCUCCAACACUUUUCAACCACAUUUAAUUGUUGUUCAAUCUUCUCUUCUGAACAUAGUUACCGAUUUUUUGAUCCCCAAUGAAGUAGAAUGUGUGAGCUUCAACAAAAUGUAAUAAUAUUUAUAAAUGAUUUAUGCUAUAUAUGUAUACUGACUGAAUAACCAGCCUAAUAUUACACUAACCUCCUUUAAUUUAACUUAUAAUAUUAGUGAUACUCAUAGUUUCGUCUGGAAUAAUGAAUGUUGUUUUGCAAGUGAAUAAAUUUCUUUUUCUGUUGUUGUUGUUGUUGAAAUAUUCAAAUGUUAGACAGUUUGAUCCCGUAGCGGUGCAUCAUGUAAAUUUAUUUUCACUACAAAUAUCUGAGAAAUCCCUUGUCUGUGUGAUACUAACAAAAUGACAUAGAUGUGAUGAAUUAAUAUGAUCUAAAGUAAUAGAUUUUAUGUAUGGUACAUUUGUUUCAAUAAAUUUGGAAGUCAAAUUAUUCUUUAAAUAAACUAUUAGUGUUUUAGUUGAAAAUCAUAUGAUUGAAAUCCCAAGAAAGCUUAUAUAAAUCUUAUUAGCUAAACAUUGACUUGAAUGUUGCAUAAACAAGAAUUGUUUUUGAUGAAGUUUUGUUCUCUGAGCUGGAUGGUUUGUCUUGGAGCUUUCAUUGUUCUUCUAAACGAUAUCAUCAGCACAAACUUCAGGUGGAUGGAAAGCUCCACGACCAAACCAUCCAGCUCAGAGAACAAAACUCCAUCAAAAUCACCCACAUAAGCUACAAAUCUUCUUCAUCAUCUCAACCAAGAAUUGUGUUUGAUACAGUACCCGAAGCUUGGAAAUUACUCUUCAUUAAACAAAAUGUUUCCAUUAUUGUAACUUUAAACAUUGGCUAUUAAAUAUAUUAAACAAUUCUUUUACUAUCUACAUCAAUUUAUUAAGAUUCAGAAAAAGAUUGUUAAUCUGUCUGAUCUAUCCCUUAUUGUAUGAUUAUUCUUUUUCACUAAGUACUUUAGAUGCGGUAAUAACUAAACUACGAAUAAUAAUAAAUAAUGAAAGCUGAUUGAUAUGUAAAACAAAUAAACAAAACAUUAUUGAAAAAACUAUCAACGCCUACUAAGGUUAAAAUACAAUUGAAACAAGUUACUAUUUAUAAAUAUGAAUAAUUCGAGAGCUGAUAAAAAAUAUAGAUUAUAAUUAGUAUUAGUCAAUAAGAAAAGUAGAAGUGGCAUCAUGGAGAUAAAGUAAAUUUUUAUGUCCCAGAGAAUUCCACGUCGUACAUUAUUUGCCGACGCUGGGACUGGUUGGAAAAAGCGGAGAGGUGGUCAGUAUAUGACAUGGUGUCGUGGCAUGGAAGAAAGCUGCAAAGGACUGGCUUCUAUUGGUCCUUCACGAUUCCCUGGUUGGGGUCCUAGAGAUGGUGCUACACAAUGGCUAGAGACGUUAUCAGAUAUGGCUGAGAAUAGAAGCCAGUGGCGAUCCUGCUGUAACCUUCUUUUACUUUCUUCAUAAGAAAAUGGUUGUAUCUUCCUUAACUGAAAGAUUUCUUCUGAUUGUAUAUUUCCGCUCCCCCACUAUUACUAUUAUUAUUAUUACACUACCUUACACCAAUCUCUUCGUUAUCGUUCUCUCUUUUUUUUUACGCUCCUUACCUUUUUUCGUUUUCCUUCUCUUUAAAUUCUCAUUGUUUUAUGUGGCGCAUAUAUAUUUGGCGCACUCUUGUACCAAUAUUUAUGUGUUCAAAUAAAUAAAUAAAUAAUGAAUAAAUCCUAACCAAGAAACCCAUUUUGUGUCACUCUUAAAUUUUAUUAUACUUUCUUGUUGAAGUAUAACAUCCUUUUCGGUUGAAAGAGUCUGUAGGAAGAAUUCUGUUCAGUUUACUGUAAAGUGUAUGGUUAAAUAUUGAUCUUACAUCUCAUGUUGCGUAAUUAACAGCAUUCCAUAUAGAUAGUUGUUACUUUCAUUAGCUUUUUGUAAUUAUUUGAACAUAGUUCUUAAGAUUAUACAAUUUUACGGAUUUAUCAAACAUGAAUGAGGAAAGAAGCUAGUUGAUACUUAAUUCUAGCGUUCCACUGUAUUGAUCAUAGAUACAUCUAAGUAAAUAAAAUAUACUAUCAUCAGUGUGUUUAACUCAAAAUACGUAGAGUUCAAUGCUUACGAAAAUCUUACAGUUGAAAUAAUUUUUUUAAAAAAAUGGAUUUUUCGUUAAGGUCACUUUGCAAGUAACAUCUCUCUAAAAGAUGGUGGAAUGAAUAAAUCUUUAUCAUACCACAGUUAAUGAUGCGAUUUAUUGAAAGUGUAACUAUUACAAAUCUUGACAUAAUUUUUUCGUACCUAUCUCGUUUACAUUUAAUAAAUGUAAAUAUAUAUGUAUAUAUAUUAAUGAAAUACACAAAUUAAACUUUAUUCUAAUAAUAGUUCACCUCUUUUCUAUAUUCUAUUAAAAUUGACCUUAUGGAAAUUGAACUAUAAAAUGUUAGAUUAUGUGGAUAUCCACCAUUCUAUGAUGAAAAUGAUCAUGAAUUGUUUCGUCAAAUACGAAUGGCAGAAUAUGAAUUUGAUUCACCGUAUUGGGAUAAUAUAUCUGACUCAGCCAAAGAUUUUAUUAGUAAUCUACUCCAAAAAGAUCCAAAAAAACGCUAUAGUUGUGUACAAGCCUUAGAACAUCCAUGGAUAGCUAGUAAUACAGCACUUGAUAGGGAUCUUUAUCCUUUUGUCAGUGAACAGAUACGUAAAAAUUUCUUAGCAGUAAAACGAUGGAAAAAAGCUUAUAAUGCAACAGCAGUACUUCAUUUAUUACGUCGUCUUCAAUUAAAUAAAAGUAAUUCAACAGCGGAAAAAUCAACUAAUUCCACUGAUUCUUUAUCUACGUUCACAUUUGAUGAAGAUAAAUUAGCAGAAAUACAAUGUAAACAAUUAAAAUCAAAUUCUAUUGAUAAACAAGAUAAAUUACCACCUAAAUUACAAACAUCAUGUUCAUCACCAUCAUCAUUAUCUUCACCUACUCGUCCUCCUGAAAUUAAACCAUUUUCAUUCAACAAUAUAACUGAUGAAAUUAAAAAUAUUGAGAAAAAUGAUAACAAUACAACUUAAUAUGAAUCAUAUUUAAGCAUCAAUAAAUUAUUGCCAAAAUUAUGAUCAUAUAUUAUUCUAAUUGAAAUAUAACAAUUAGAAAUAUGAUGAUGAUACUCCCUGGGAAUUAAUAAUCUCAAUCAUAAGUUAAAGAUGAAUCUAUGUGUAAAUAUGUCUAUUUGUGGUAAGAAUAUUUGUCAGUUCCUAGUUAAAAUUUUUCAUUUAUUAACUCUUUUGUCUUGAGUAACAUUGGUUUUCCUCUUUGCUUCAUUUUAUAAUUACAAUAUAUCGUUACAUUUCUAGUCAUAUAUAUUUAUAUAUAGUUCCUCAGCCUACAUCAUAAUUGAAAUGAAUUAUUACUCUAAUUGAUUUUUUUCCUACCUAUUCACUUCCAUUUCAUUCCUGUUGAGGAACAAAUAUAUCUAUAUGUAUACUAGAAGAACUUGUAAAACAAAUUUAAUUUGCAUUUAAUCGAAAUAUCUUUCCGUAUUUCUUCUUUCUUGAGUCAAAAUAGCAUAGUACACAAAUGGCGCCAUUUUAUUCUUAUAUUACUAAAUAUAUAUACUUUCUUACAAUUAAAUUGGAAGAGAAAAAAAAGAGAAGCAAACUUUGAAGACAACCAGUAAAUAUACUGUGUACUAUCGUUAACUACUUACUGCUUAAACGUUCCAACCAUAUAUAUAUAUAUAUAUAUAUAUAUAUAUAUAUAUAUAUAUAUAUAUAUAUAUAUAUAUAUAUAUAUGCAUAUAACAGAUAUUUAUCUAUUUUGUUUUUUUGUGUUUUUUUAUUGUCACUAUAUCUAAGUAAAACGAUAAGUUGUUUUCUGUUUUGCCUUCAUUUUUAAACUAAGAAAUUUUGAGUAUAGUGAAAAAUUGUUUUUCUCAAUUCAACAAUUUAUUUUCAUCACAAUUGAUUGAACUUAUUUAUUUACAUUUCGAUUGUUUUCAUUAUUUUCUUUCCUUUUUUUGUUUGUUUGUUUGAAUGUAUUCAUAAAUAGUUUACAAUUAUAAUGAUUAAAUCCAUAAAUGAAUAGCAGCCUUCUUAUUAUUGAAUAAUAAUAAUCAUAACAACAAUAGUAAUGACCAAUAGUGUUCUAUUUUCUUGUGACAAUUUAAAAAUUCCCAUUCAUCUCAUGCUUUUUUUCUUUUUUCUUUUAAUUCACACCUUUUUUGUCAUUUAGGUUUAAUUGAUUCAACUUGCCAAUGAUUAUUAUGGUCUGUUUUUCAGCGUUUUAUUUCCAAUAAAAUGAAUGAAAAACAAAAUAAACGAUCGAUCAUUAAAUUUCGCUGUUUUUUAUUCCCAAUUUUUUUCGGUUUGAUAUUUCAAGUCAAC